GUGGUUAAGAACUGUCAUGGCGCUGUACUGAAGAGCUAAUGCGUUAGCAAGACACUUUGCAGAUUUACAGUAGCGGGUUCAAAGGUCGUCGUAUUUGUUUGUUUUUAGGAAUAAUUGAAUGUAAAGAAUUAAAACAUGGGGACUGUACACGCAAGAAGUUUGGACCCUCUCCCUAUGCAGGGUCCUGAGCUGGGGGUUCAAGCUGAUGACCUGGAUGUUGGCGAAGCAGAGUACGAGCCUCAGCAGGAAGUUCUAGAAAACAAAGAUGUUGUAGUUCAGCGUGUACAUAUAGAUGGGCUUGGAAGGACUAAGGAGGAUCUUCUGACAUACGAGAUCGAAGAUGUUUUCAGAGCCAAGAACUUGAUUGAUGUAAUGAAGAAGAGCCAUAAUGCCAGACAGAAACUAUUACGUCUGGGAAUAUUCAGGCACGUGGAGGUGAUGAUUGAUACCUCACAGGGUGAAGAUGCACUGCCUAAUGGACUGGACGUCACGUUCGAGGUGAAGGAGCUCAGGAGACUAACUGGAAGCUAUAACACCAUGGUUGGAAACAAUGAGGGAAGCAUGGUGCUGGGUUUGAAAUUGCCCAAUGUUUUCGGCCGUGCCGAGAAGCUCACUUUCCAGUUUUCCUACGGCACCAAGGAGACAUCCUAUGGCCUCUCUUUCUUCAAGCCUCAAGCUGGACAUUUUGAACGGAACUUUUCUGUCAACAUCUACAAAGUCACGGGCCAGUUCCCAUGGAGUUCACUGAGAGAAACCGAUCGAGGAAUCUCCACAGAGUUCAGUUUUCCUAUCUGGAAGACAAACCACACUCUGAAAUGGGAGGGAGUGUGGAGGGAGCUCGGCUGUCUGGCACGCACUGCCUCCUUCGCUGUCCGAGAGGAAAGCGGUCACUCGCUCAAGUCCUCCCUCUCCCAUACAAUGGUUAUCGACACGCGCAGCUCCCCCAUCCUACCAAAGAGAGGUGCCUUAUUAAAGAUCAACCAGGAGUUGGCAGGUUAUACUGGUGGAGAUGCCAGAUUCCUGAAGGAGGACUUUGAAAUUCAGCUCAAUAAGCGACUCUUCUGGGAUUCAGUCCUUUCAGCCUCUCUAUGGGGAGGUCUGCUGCUUCCCUUUGGAGACAGACAAACAUCAAUUGCUGACAGGUUUUAUCUGGGAGGCCCAACCAGUGUGAGAGGUUUCAGCAUGUACAGCAUCGGACCACAAAGUGAAGGUGAUUAUCUGGGUGGAGAGAUGUACUGGGCCGGUGGGCUCCACCUGUACACUCCUCUACCAUUCAGACCAGGGCGUGGGGGCUUCGGGGACCUUUUCCGAACACACUUCUUUCUCAAUGCUGGAAACUUGUGCAACCUCAAUUAUGGAGAGGGGCCUCGAGCACACCUGAGCCGACUAGCGGAGUGUAUCCGUUGGUCGUACGGAGCAGGUAUCGUGCUGCGUCUGGGGAACAUCGCCAGACUUGAGCUCAAUUACUGCAUUCCCAUGGGCGUCCAGAGUGGAGACAGGAUAUGUGAUGGAGUGCAGUUCGGAGCUGGCAUUCGCUUCCUGUAACACCAUGAAGCCUUUAGUAUAUCUAACUAGGACAAGAAAACAGGAGGAUUUUAUAUGCAGAUAAAAUCUGUUUGAAACUUCUUUGUAGAGUAAGAAUGUUUGUGGUUCAAUUUUUUUUUUUUUGGACACUGAAACUGUAUUGUUAGGACAGAAGUCUAAAGCCAAAAAUAUUGCAAAGAAGAAUCUAAGAACACUCACCUGCCUUGUUAGUGCAGUACUGACACAUUAUAUUUAUUUGUCUGAUCAGCACAAAAAAAAAAAUUCAAUAAAAACCUACACCCGUCUUCUGUAAUUUUUAUCUUCACCUGAGGAUUCUUCUCUUGAGUGUAAAGGGAGGUGUCUGCUCAUGAUCUCCAGUCCCAUAGCUUAUAGAAUUUGAGACAACUGAUGGUCCAUCUGGUUAUGGGAAUUAAGAAAAAUAAAACUUCAAUUAUUUUUCAGUUUAA